GUGCAUGCCGGGCUGGAGGCGGACAGCUGUCUUCAGUUUGUGGAGGACCGACGUCAGUGUUUGUGCGGGUCUGGGGAAGAUGGCGGAGGCUGCGGCUGUUCCACCGCAUCGGUUUUUCUGUCACUGUUGUAAGGGAGAAGUGAACCCCAAACUCCCGGAGUAUAUAUGUCCGAGAUGUGACUCAGGGUUCAUAGAGGAAGUAACAGAAGACUCCAGUCUCCUAGAGGGUGGCUCUAACGGGAUAGAUGACGCAGCCACACAGUUUGCAGAGCUAUGGCACCUGUUGUUACUGGAGCGGCCAUUUACAACAGACGGCGACACACCUGACUCAGAACCACGGCUCCCUGGAGGGCGUUUGGGAGGUCUGAGUGACCUGGGGGGGUUGGGAGGGGGACCAAUCGGGGGUUCAGUCCCAGCAGGCCUAGGAGGACCUAUGGGGAGUCUACUAGGAGCCGGGGAUCACUGGGGACCAGGACGCCCCCCUCGCCUACACAGCCAGAGGAGAUAUCGGUCCAGAGGCAGCAGUAGACCAGACCGCUCGCCUGCUGUGGAGGGGAUUGUACAACAGUUUCUCGCCGGCCUCUUUGCCAACUCUGGAGUCCCUGGCUCACCUCCCCUCUCAUGGACGGGAAUGCUGCAUUCUAACCCAGGGGAUUACGCCUGGGGACAGGGAGGGUUAGACGCCGUGAUAACACAGUUACUAGGUCAGUUGGAGAACACAGGACCUCCUCCAGCAGAGAAAGAGAAGAUCUCUUCUCUCCCAACUGUCAAUAUCUCUCAGGAACAAGCAGACUGCUGUAUGGAAUGUCCGGUGUGCAAAGAGGACUUCGCAGUGGGAGAGCCAGUCAGACAGCUACCCUGUAACCACUUCUUUCAUUCAGACUGUAUAGUACCAUGGCUGGAAAUGCAUGACACAUGUCCAGUGUGUAGGAAGAGUUUGAACGGAGAAGACAGCAGCAGCCAGCCCCCAUCAGAGUCCCCCACCCUCUCCAUGGACCCCCGCACACAGGAGAGAUGGUCCUUCUGAGACACCCACCCAUCUCAUCCCCCAGUCCCCCUCGCCUACACCCAACAACACAGCGAGAAGACGAAUCGCUUCUCACUUUCCUCUUUUCAUCUCUGUUGCAGUCAUUAUCAUCUCAGUCUGAUUUUUGUACUUUCAUUUUCUAUUGUCAUGCCUUUCUCCUCGACCACGUAUACAGAUACCCGUACAGACGUCUUAACAGUCAGUUGAGGUAUACUAGAUCUUUAUUUUUUUUGCCUCAUAACAAACCAGCCUAGAUUGAUGAUGAUCAAGCCCAUGUCUUCUCUACUUCCACCUCUCACGCAACCUCUUUUUCCAUCUUUCUUGAAAUGCACUGCUGCGAUACACUAUUGUGGGUAUAUGCCAGACUUUAUAUCAUAUCGUGCCCCGUUUACUAAUCAGAAAAUUUGCUAAAUCCUGCAACUGAGCCCUGAACGGCAUAUGGGAAUCUUUAGGGGUUACUUUCUCUCUUUGCAUUUACAGAGUUUGGACGUAACAACCUGAACGCCUAGAGCCCUGCAAUAAAUCUGAUGUUUAUGAAGGGUAUAAUGAUGUUUUUUUGUUGAGAUUUCCUCAGGAAGAUCUUGAUUGAACUCUGGUUAUUUAUUCUGGUGGUGUUUCUUUUUUAUAAAUUGCAUUGUAAAGGUGUUCAUGUUAUUGCGUCCACACUCUGUAGUGUACUUCAAUAAAAGAACACAACAGAGUAUUUGAUAGGAAUCCUGUUGAGUCACUGCUGUGUAAUGGCCACAAAAGGAAGCUGUGACAUCAAAUGAAAGCAAGGGAUUCCUCAGACCUUUCAGGGAAAACGUUAAAUAUCAUCCCCGUAAGGGAAUGAAAUAAGCCCUUUUAUCUAAUCAUUGAGAUUUAAACAUGCUCCUCCUGGUGUAUAUAUUAUAAACAAAUGGCAUCCCUCUGUCGUUUUAUUCCUCAGUUUGUCUUUUCUUUCAAUUUUUUUUAUCACUUUUUGAUGUAAAUAAUUUUAGUCCAACUUAUGGUUUGCAAAGGAAAAAAAAAAACAUUGAGAAUGGAGACACAAAUGUGAAAUACCUGGUUAUCAAACUGUAUAUUAUAUAUAUGAAAAAAAUGUCUAUGAUGUAUUAAUAAAUUGACAAAAAAAUUGUCAUAGUUGAAUUUUCA